AUGCCGGCAGCCAAGGAUGCAGGCCAGGAGGCUGUCCCGUGUGAUCCCGGCAACAAGGACAGGGACCUGCGGGUGCUGUUCCAGGAACUCUGCCAACUCCAGGCCAAGCAGAGGAAGCUGAAGAGGGAGGUGGAGAAGCACAAGCUUUUUGAAGACUAUCUGAUCAGGGUCCUUGAGGAGAUCCCCAAGGGCCAUAACCAAGGGGAGGGGCCGGAGGAAACCCCGUUGGUGGCCAUGGUGGAGCACUAUGGGAAGCUCUUCGCAGUCAGCCAGGACAUCCAGAAGCGUCUCGAGGCCUUCUUUGAGAUGAACCAGGCCGUCCACGAGAGUCUGGAAUCUCUAGAGGAGGGCCACAGGGCUCUGAUCCCGUGCCUCAGGAUCCGGCUGUGCCAGCUACAGAGGAGGUGUCACCGCAAGCAGGAGCAGUGGCAGCGGCUGGAGCGUGGCGUCACCCACCAGAAAGACGCAGGCAGCGGUGAGGUGGGAAGCAAGGAAGCCAUGGCUGAUCACGACUCUGAAGACCUGAAGUGCAGGACUCUGGAGCUGCCCCGAAGUGAGCUGCUCAACUAUGUGCAAGCGGCCAUCAAUGACAUGGUCCAGCAGUGCUGCUCCUCUGCCCAAGCUGUGCCCAGGGGCCUGGGCCUCUUCUCCAAGCUCGACCUGAUCCAGGAAUUCAUGUUGGACAAAAUGGAGACUGUGAGAUUCGUCUCACUGCUCACAGGACCCAUCGUGUGCUGGACAGCAAACAAUCCCAAGGACCAGGGCCGCAGAAGCUGCCUCAGACCCUUCCAGAAACAUUCAGUGAGUGAAGACUCAACCCCCAGGAACCUCUUUGCCAGCACCCAGACCUCAGAGUGCUUCAGCCUAUGCUGA